AUGGCGUCGGCUCGUAGGUGGGCGCGCAAAGCUGAGCGGUGCUGUUGUAUCUUUGCGACAUACUUUCCUUUGUCGUUUGUAUACGGCUUGACAUCAUGGGCUGUUUGGGUGGUUGUCAAUAUCGGUAGCGUCAGCACGAGGAGCAACUGGAUAGGCACUGGGUCUUCGAUAAUAGGUGUUGCACUCUAUCUUAUGCUCAACUGGUGCUAUACUACCGCUGUCUUUACACCUCCCGGCUCGACGACAAAUGAUAUGGGAUAUGGCCUUUUACCGACACAGAACACACCCCAAGGCACAUCCUUUACUGUUAAAAGCAAUGGCGAGUUUCGAUUCUGCAAAAAGUGUCAGGCCCGUAAGCCAGAUCGCGCUCACCACUGUUCAACAUGUCGACGCUGCGUGCUCAAGAUGGAUCACCAUUGCCCUUGGUUAGCCACAUGUAUCGGAUUGCGCAACCACAAGGCGUUCCUCCUCUUCCUGAUUUAUACGUCUCUUUUCUGCUUCUGGUCUUUCGCUGUCAGUGCAAGCUGGGUUUGGUGGGAGGCGCUGGCUGAUCAGGAAUAUGUCGAUACACUUCUGCCAGUCAACUUUAUUAUGCUGAGCGUCAUCAGCGGAAUUAUCGGACUUGUGGUUGGCGCUUUUACAUCGUGGCAUAUUCACUUGGCUCGAUGUGGACAAACUACGAUUGAGUGCCUUGAAAAGACACGAUACCUUUCGCCUCUGCGCAAGUCAUACAACGCUGCUCACAACCCCUCCAACGAUGUACCCGAGGCUGCUCGCAACUUUGUCGACUUUCACGCAAAUGCUCUACCUGGAAUCACUAGGCCCGAGGAAGGCGAAGAGCGACGAGAGGGUCCCCGAUCGUAUCCCCCUGACGGUUCCCACCCUGUUCAAAUGUCUUAUGCUCAACGGGAGCGCGAACAACGACAAAAACGGUAUGAGGAGUACCUCGACGAACAAGAUUCUGAAAAGCUUCCCAACGUCUUUGAUCUCGGUUGGAAACGCAACCUGCUUCAUCUCUUUGGCCCAACCCCUGCGCUAUGGUUCUUCCCUGUCUCUAACACUACGGGAGAUGGCUGGAAUUGGGAAGCAAGCGACAAGUGGCUCGAGGCUCGUGAUAGACUCGCAGCUGAGCGAGAGCAGCAACGAGCUCGUGAGGUCAACGCUGGAUGGGGAUCACCAGAUGAUAUCCCUGAUAUCGCCGAACGACCUACAGGUGCAGGAAAACACUAUUCUCCCGGUCCAAAACUCGCAGGUCCUAAAACUAUGAGCAAGGCUGAUCGAGUUCUUGGUCGGGAUCCCAACCUUUAUGCCGAUGCUACACAAAAUGUCCCUAUGCAACGUCUUAGCCCUCGUGGUCGAACAUUAGAUGAUGAGCUAGCAGAUCUGGACAGCGAUGAAGAUGGAUUUCUCGACGCCAACAACCCUGACCCGCAAAGUGGAAAACUGAGUCCAAGAUUCUCACCCAACCCUCAAGGUCGUGAUGACGCUGAAGCCCGCGCUCUUGAAGUCGUUACUAACGGAAACUGGGGUCGUGGUGGUGCAAGCGGUAUGCUUCGGAAGGGAAGCUCAACAAGCAGUCCUCUGAGCAGAACACCAAGCAACGUUAGUCGCUCAGGGACUCCCAAGUUUGAAGUGACACCCAAAUUCCAAGAUGAGGGCGUCGAUUAG